GUCUCACAGAAGUUGGAAUUUUCCACAUUUUAGUCGUUUGGUUGAACAUAGCUAAAAUUUAAUAAUCGGUGGCAAAAAAUUACCUUUAAAAUUUCAAAAAAUUAACACAUGAGUGAAGCCAGACAUCAUAUUUUUGCAUAAAAUUUAUUCAAAUCGCUUUUCCGAGAUGGGAUAAUGAGGUACCAUAAAGUAUAGAAGGCAUCUUAUUUUACAAAAAAAGAAUUCCAAGGAUCGACUCGAGCGAAUUUACCGUUGUUGAUAAUUUUUUAUUCAAUUGCAAUAUUUCAGAAGUUCAAAAAACUACGAAUAAGGCCUUAACAUUAUAAAAUAUAUGUGAAAUGCAAAGUAUUGACAUUUUCAAGCGAGCCUGAAUUCUAAUUGAUGGCUACUCAACAAUUUUGUUCUUGUUUUGGAAAGUUACGGCCGAAGUACAAGAGAAAGGUCGAUCAGAUUUUUCCAAGAGACGCUAAUGAUGGGUUAGAUAAAUCCAACAUGGAUAAACUGAUAUUUUACGCUAUUUCGUCGUCAGAAAAACUCGAUAGAAUCGGAGCUUACGUAGCUAAAAAAUUGGAAAGUUAUGUUUAUUGGAGACGUAAUGAUUUUGCCGUCAUUACAAUGGAAGCGAUGGAACAGCUAUUGUCUGCUUGUCAUGCCUCUGAUAUAAAUUUAUUUGUGGCAAGUUUUUUGAAGAUGGUUCAAGUACUGCUUGAAAGUGAUGAAAUUGCAUUACAAAUCCGAGCCACUGAGUCAUUUGUCAUAUACGCCAACAUUGAAGAAGAUAUCCCAUCGUACCACAGGGAAUACGACUUUUUUGUAUCCAAAUUCUGUGAAUUGUGCCACCGUGAUAUUGAAAGUGCUGACCAGAACAACAAAAUAAAGAUGGCUGGUCUUCGUGGCCUUCAAGGCAUCUUUCGCAAAACUGUCUCAGAUAACCUACAGUUUAAUAUUUGGGAUGAAGCUUUCAUGGGAAAGAUAAUGCCAUCUUUACUACAUGUUUUAGAAAAUGGGGAUAGGCCUCAAUGUUUUUCUGAUCAGGACUCUUCACCAUUGGAAAACAAGCCAUUUGGUUUUGCAAAGACAAUAUUGCAUGACAUUGUUAGCGAAGCAAGUUUUGGUAAUGUACGAGCUGGAAUUGAACCUGUUUUGUUUCACCUAGAUUCUGCUGGUUUAUGGGUACCAAGUAAUUUUGCAAUUCAAUGUUUUAAAAUUAUAUUGUAUUCAGUCCAGAACCAAUACUCCUAUCUUGUAAUUCAAAUGCUACUCAACCACCUGAACAAACAUACUAACAGUUCAUUAGAAAUGAAAACAAACUUAGUUGAAGUAAUUUCAUCAUCAGUGGCAAUUGCUAGUGCUGAGUCCAUGGGUGCUUCAAUUUUAGAGGUAUUUAACACAUUGUUGCAGCAUCUUCGAAUCAGUGUAGAUGCCCAUGGUGAAAGGAGUAGUUCUCAGGAAGCAUUUGAACAAGCUAUCAUCAAAACUGUUGGUGCUUUUGCCAAAGUUUUACCUGACUACCAGAAGUCUGAAAUCAUGAUGUUUAUUGUUGCAAAGCUUCAACUUGGUAUAGAAAAUUUGGAUGUAUAUUCUGACCAAACAAGUCAGCUGAUGCAAAAUGAUAUUCAUAAAGAAUCACUGCAAGAAAUGUAUUUGCUUUGUCUGUUGAAAGUUGCUAGAGUCUAUGAUUCCAAAGAACUUUCAAGAACAUUUCCUGACACUUUGCUUGAUGCCCUUCUUAAAGUUACCGUAUCAAGGAACAUAAGAAUAAGCAAACUGUCACAUGAGGUACUACAAACUCUCCUAGACAGACAUGAUAACCUCUUGAAACUGAGUGUUGAAAGUUUAUCCAAAACAAUUGAAGAAAAUGAUAUCAUAGUGAAAGAAUCUAACAAAACAGAUUCAGUCUUCUUUCAAAAGAAGAAAGAUGGACUAUUUUGGCAUAUUUAUGAGAGUUUUUCAAAUCCAAGCAACAGUCGAGAGAAUAUCCUUGUUCUUUAUAAAACAUUAGUUUUACUUGCAAUUGAAAUCAAUGAUCAUGAAACAUUGAUAGAGAUUAUUCGUUUUGUACUUAGUCUUCAAUUGGUCAACGAAGAGAGCACAUUGACGCCAGUAAAAGCUGCAAUUCAUGCUGUAGUUUGUUGUCUUCUUAAUUUCAUUGCUGAACUAAUGGAUCUUAGCAACCUUAAAGAGGUAAUUGCCACUUGUAUUAAGCUUCGGAAGGAAAAUAAGUUCCUCCUUCCACAAUACGCAUUUAGCGAAGCAGAGGUGGAGUUUUCAACUCAAGAAUUACCUAUCAGUUUGUUAAUUUCUUCGCAAGAUGUAAGUAAAGCACUUAUGGAAGAUGGCUUUGAGAUAAAUCUACUGUCGUCUCCAUAUAUUCCUCAACCGGUAUCAGAAUUGCCAAUUCGGCAAUUAUAUGAACGAACGCAAUCAUUGCGUUCGGAAACAGGCUCAGUUUCUUCUGCAGAAGGCGCAACUAUUACAGAGGAAGUUACAUUCGAGUUGCUGAAAGAGGUUUUGUACACAACAGAUGGUCCAUCAAUUGAUGAUGAGCCAAUCUUAACCAAUCAUUCGACAUUCAAUGAUAUUGCAGCGAUCGCGGACGGUCGUUCUCGUGAAUAUAAUGUAAAAAUUGACGAUGUUUUGGAAGUAUCUGGUUUGUUAUUCGAAGAAGAGAGGUUUGAAAAUGCACCAAGUAUGUCGUCAUUACCUGGAGAGGAUAAUUAUGAAAUGAAUUUUUCUGAUAAAUACGUGUAUUAGACGGAGAUGAUGAUUCUUCACUCAAAACAUUUUGCUACUGUGCUAUGCGUCUUUUCAUGCUUUAAUUUGCAGUGAAACAAAUUUAAGCAUCUGUAAUUAGGAAUCAAUGCAAUUAAUUUACUAUUAGAAAAAUGUGAAGCUUGAAUGUUGUUGACCAAUAAAUUAUUUGAUGCGAA